CCAGGGGAGAUGUGAAAGAGGAACAAGGCAUGGGCCAAGCGACCCCCCUUCAAAUGGAACACCUAGCCUUGGUGUACUUUCGAUAUGAGGAACAUGGUCUGCAGCAGCUUCAAGAAGGAGCAACCAUGUACAGCUUUAGAUCCGUGCUGUGUACUCUGCUACUGCUGUGCUAUCAUACUUUCCUGACUUUUGUGUUAGGGACAGGAAGAGGAAGUGCUGAAGAAGCCAAGAAACUUCUCAAACCUUAUUUGACUCGCUAUCCAAAAGGAGCCAUAUUCCUAUUCUUUGCAGGCAGGAUAGAAACAAUAAGAGGCAAUACUGAUGGAGCCAUCAGCAGGUUUGAAGAAUGUUGUGAAGCCCAGCAGCACUGGAAGCAGUUUCAUCACAUGUGCUAUUGGGAGCUGAUGUGGUGCUUUAUGUACAAACAUCAAUGGAAGAUGGCAUAUUUCUAUGCAGAUCUGCUCAGCAAAGAAAACCCCUGAUCAAAGGCAACAUACAUCUACAUGAAAGCAGCCUACUCCAGCAUGUUUGGACCAGAGGAUUAUAAACCUUUUGAGGAUGAUGAGGUUGCACUAUUUAGGACUGUGCCUAGUUUGAAACUGAAAAUAGCGGGAAGGUCCAUGGCUACAGAAAAGUUUGCAAUUCGGAAAUCUCGCCAAUACUUACCUCCUGUCCCUGCUCUGGAAAUGAUGUAUAUCUGGAAUGGUUAUGCAGUGAUUGGGAAGUGCCCUGAUCUGACUGAAGGUAUAUUGGAGUCCUUAGUAGAGGCGGGAGCAGCCCUGGAAAUGAAGCCAGGCGCAAUUACAAACAUUAUUCCAUGGAAACAAGAACACACUUCAGAAUUCAAGCUGAUUUGCACCAAGCCAAAUCUUCCCCAGAAUAUGGAGCAACAAUGAUUUCGUGAUGUUACCUUAAAAAAAGAAGGAGGUGGUUUUCAACAUUUCACAUCAGGACAUUAUUGGCAGUAUUCCACUGUCUUUUAAGUUCAACACAAAAUGUAUUUAAUUUACAAAUACAGAAGAAUGAACACUAAACAUUUAUUUCUCCUAGAGAGAUUACUCUGUGUGUGUGUGUCUGUGAAGUUUACAUAUUUAUUAAGUUGACAAGGAAUAUUAAAUGGACCAAUUAAUGGAACCUAUAGUUAUUGCUAAAGCUAAACUAGUGUUAGAUUAAAUUUGUUUAUGUGUCUUUUAAGCUUGCACAGAUAGUGUCGAAAAGAAAUUACUCAUUUUGCUGAUACAAUCAUUGCUGAUAUGAUGAUAGGCUGAUUUAUAUUGGAAUACAACAGAGUACUGUUUGAAAUAAAAAAUAUAUUGUUGGUGUCUCUCUUA